AUGAAUCAAACCCUGGUGACAGAGUUCUCGUUUGUGAGAUGGACUGAGAGUCGGGUGCUGUCGAGGAUUCACGCUGCAUUCUUCUCACUGUUCUACCUCGUGGCCAUGUGGGAGAAUGUCAUCAUCAUUUUCCUCACAGUUCUUGACCAUCACCUCCACACCCCAAUGUACUUCUUCCUCAGGCAUCUGUCCUUCUUAGAUCUUUGUCUCAUUUCUGCCACAGUCCCCAAGUCCAUCCUCAACUCUGUCACCUUCACUGACUCCAUCUCUUUCCUGGGGUGUGCGGUACAGCUCUUCCUGGUGGUGCUGAUGGCUGGGUCAGAGAUCGGCAUCCUCACAGCGAUGUCCUAUGACCGCUACGUUGCCAUCUGCCACCCUCUGCAUUACGAAGCCAUCAUAAGUAAAGGGACCUCUGUCCUUUUGAUGGCUGUGUCCUGGCUUAAUGGAGGGGCCCUGGGCAUCUUGUACUCAACUGGGACAUUUUCUCUGAAAUUUUGUGGGUCCAAUAAGAUACAGCAGUUCUUCUGUGAUGUCCCUGCCCUACUGAAGCUCACGUGUUCAGAACAGCAUGUGACUAUUCAUGUAAGCGUGGCCAUCGGUGUCUGUUAUGCAUUUUCAUGUUUAGUUUGCAUCGUGGUCUCCUAUAUGUGUAUUUUCUCCACUGUGCUGAAGAUCCCGACCAGGCAGAGGCAGUCCAAAGCCUUUUCUACCUGCCUGCCUCACCUCCUCGUUGUGAGCAUGUUCCUUCUGACAGGCGCUGUUGCUUAUUUAAAACCAGCAUCCAACAAGCCCUCCCUUCUAGACUUGCUGGUAUCUAUCUUCUAUUCUGUGGCGCCCCCAACCUUGAACCCUAUGAUCUACUGUCUGAGGAACAAGGAUAUUAAAGCGGCUCUAGGAAAAGUCCUGCGGAUUGAUAGAAAUAGGAGAAAAGUUGCAGGUAGAAAGUAG